AUGGAGACUUAUGAGGACUGGGGGAUGGAGACUUAUGAGGACUGGGGGAUGGAGACUUAUGAGGACUGGGGGAUGGAGACUUAUGAGGACUGGGGGAUGGAGACUUAUGAGGACUGGGGGAUGGAGACUCAUGAGGACUGGGGGAUGGAGACUUAUGAGGACUGGGGGAUGGAGACUUAUGAGGACUGGGGGAUGGAGACUUAUGAGGACUGGGGGAUGGAGACUUAUGAGGACUGGGGGAUGGAGACUUAUGAGGACUGGGGGAUGGAGACUUAUGAGGACUGGGGGAUGGAGACUUAUGAGGACUGGGGGAUGGAGACUUAUGAGGACUGGGGGAUGGAGACUUAUGAGGACUGGGGAGGGGAUGGAGACUUAUGA